AUGCUCUCAGCUCGACCCGCUUCUCUGGCGUUGAGCCUCCCUGUGGAGAUUGCGAGUGCAUACACAAGCUUCAGCACCGAUGAAGGUGUCCGUUCUCCGCGCACUCCAACUUACCUGCCACAAUCUCCGUCGACUGCCAGACUGCCAGCUUUUGAUCACACCAAAAUCCUGGAGGACAGCUCUACAGCACUUCCAAAAACUCAGACCACCCCCGUGGAUCUGCCCCCGACUCCCGAUCAGCCGCUAGCAUGGAUCUGGGUCUGCCACCUCUGCCACUCUCGUUAUCCGCUUGGCGUCACCCGCCGCUGCCUCGUCGACGGCCACUAUUACUGCUCCGGGGAAGCCAACCAACAAAACCUGCGCAAGAAGAAGAAACGACAGAGCUGUUCCAGCGAAUUCGACUACGUUGCCUGGCGCGAAUGGGGGGACUGGAAGAGGAAGGCGCUCAAGCUACUCAUGAACCCGAGAGUGGCGCGUGGGUGUGAGAACUGUGUCUUCCCCAGCCAGUGUCGAUACCCCGCUGAAGAUGAAAAGAAGGACCAGGUGUCCGUAGAAAGGUCGGCUAAAGCAACUGGAGAAGCUGCUACAUCGGUUCAAAUAACACCUGAGAUUGGAGCCGACGCAUUAGAGUCAAAGGAUGACGCGAAGAGGUCCCGCUCCACGUCCUCGUCCAACGAGAACGUCAGCUUCGAACAGAUCUUGGGCAACAUUUUCCCCGAGGAGAAGUCCAUCAAUAUCGACCCCUGCAGAAAAGUGACUUUCAAGAAGAAGACGCAGGGGAAACGCAAAAACUCGCAGAAGCACAACUUUGCGUCCUCGACCGAACGAGAGAUGGCCAGGGAGGCCGAGCAUGUGAAACAGCUGGUUGGCGUGGACUUGUGGAAUAAUCUCGAGGACAUUGACCUGGGGAACUUGAAGGCCAAGCUUGAUUGA